ACGGUCCCUGACAUAAUGAUGGUUCGACAUAGGAUUUUUCAACUUUACAAUGAUGUGAAAGCAAUGCACAUUCAGUAGAAACCAUUCAUCGAAUUUUUGAAUUUGAUCUUUUCCUUGGCUGGGAUAUGCAGUGCACUAUUGUCUCUUGAUACUGGGAAGUGGCAGCCAGCCUUAGCUCCUAGUCAGCCUUGUGAUCACAAGGGUAAACUUUAUGGUGUACUGUUGCCCCACAGUUUUUGGAUAUUGUAUUCUGUGUUUUCAUAUCCGAUCAUGUCUACAAAGCGCCCACCUAUGUCUCCUGUUUCUGGUGAAAGGAAGAGGAGGAAGGCAAUUACUCUUGAGAUGAAACUCAAAAUCAUUGCUCAGCAUGAAGGUGGCAAACCAGUAAUGGUCAUCUCACGUGAGUUAGGACUUUCCCAGUCCACCAUCUCGACCAUUCUAAAGGAUAAGAAGCGAAUCAGUGAUGCAGUGAAAUCGUCAGCAUCAAUUAAGUCCACUGUCAUCACGAAGAAAAGAGCUGGGCCAAUUGAUGAUAUGGAAAAGUUACUGGUCGAGUGGAUAGAAGAACAGAUACAGAAUCGUAUACCACUUAGCCUACUGAUGAUCCAGGCUAAGGCAAGAAGUCUUUUCAAUAUGCUAAAAGAGCAUGCUGAUCCUGCGUAUACACAGAUGUUUACAGCAAGUCAUGGAUGGUUCCAACGUUUCAAAAAGCGUCACAAUUUUCAUACUGUUAAGGUCAUGGGUGAGGCUGCAGGUGCUGAUAUUGGAUGUGCUGAAGCUUUUAAGGAAGAGCUGCACAGGAUAAUUGUAGAUCAGAAAUAUUUACCAGAACAGAUAUUUAACGUUGAUGAAACAAGCUUGUUCUGGAAGCGUAUGCCAGAGUGCACAUACAUUCGUCAAGAGUCCAAGGCAAUACCAGGAUUCAGAGACCAUGUAACUCUGCUUUUGGGUGGAAAUGUUGCAGGGUUCAAAUUAAAGCCUUUUUUAAUCUACCACUCGGAGAACCCUAGAGCCUUCAAGAAUGUGAGCAAACACACGCUUCCUGUUCACUAUCGCCAUAAUAAGAAAGCCUGGAUGACAUCGGCAUUGCUUGAAGACUGGUUUUUGAACUGUUUUAUUCCACAGGCAAAAGAGUAUUGUGGGCGAAACAACAUCUCAUUUAAGAUUCUUCUGAUCUUAGAUGAUGCUCCAGGGCAUCCACAGCAUAUUGGCACCAUACAUCCUGAUGUAAAAGUGGUGUAUUUACCUCUGAACACAACCACGCUCAUUCAACCGAUGGACCAAGGUGCAAUAGCUGCGUUCAAAGCACAAUACUUACGUCAUACAUUUGCGCAGGCUGUCAAAGCAACCGAAUCUGGCCAAACACUCCUAGAGUUUUGGAAAGAGUUUAACAUUUUGAAUGCUAUCCAGAACAUUGCUGCAGCAUGGGAAGAAGUCACAGAGCAGUGCAUGAACUACAUUUGGACAAAAGUUUUGAAGACAUAUGGGAACACAUUCAAAGGCUUUAACAAAGAUCACACUGUUGAUGAAAUAGGAAGUAAUAAGAUAUUAGUGCUUGGAAAACAGCUAGAAUUGGACAUUAAUGAAGAGGGUAUUCAUGAGAUUGUCAGCAUUAAGGCUGAGGAGAUUUCUAAUGAGGAACUGAUUGAAUUGCAGGAAGAAAGAAGUGAAGAAGUUGAAGCAGAGGAAGAAGUUGUACCCAAGCAACUAAAAAAGUUCACAACGAAGAAACUGGCAGAGGCAUUUGCUACUAUCAGCAGGGGCAUGAGGAUGUUAGAAGAAAUGGAUGGCAAUUAUGAGAGAUUUGCAAGAGCUGACAGGCAGAUACAGGAUGCUCUUAUUUGUUAUAGAGAAAUAUAUAAUGAAAAGAAAAAGCAAACUGUAUAUUCAAAACUUGAUAGCAUCAUGAAAAACACUGUGCCUGCUAAGCCAUCAACCAAUGUCAGUGCUCCCAUGCCUUCGACCAGCUAUUCUCGAGUCUCCUCAGAAGAGAGGAAAAUUGAUAACCCCAGAGCUGUAGCAUCCACAUCAUCCAGGAAUAAAUUUUAGUUCAGUGCUUCAGCGUUCUUCAGGCCAAGUGUGUUUUCAGCUGUGUGCGUUAAUGGUUGCACCGCUGUGAUCCUUUACCUCCUGAAGAUGCAUCCUGACUUGUCUCCACACCUGCACACAGAAGAAUGCAACAUCUUGAUUAACUUGCUUAAGGAAUGUCACAAAAAUCACAGCAUUCUGAAGUUUUUUGGUCAUUGCAACCAUCUUGAUCGGGAGAUGAGAAAAUGCUUGAAGAAUGAGAAGAGUGGAGUAACUCAGUCACAGGAAAGGGGGAAAUGGUUCCAGUCAAGUCCCUUGUACAUAGAAAAGAGAACCAGAAGCAGGGAACGUGGGAAUGAGAUGCGAAACAGACUUCUCAAUCCUUCAGAGGAAUCUGAAAAAUAAGUUAUAUUUUCACUGGAUGACUUGGCUGAGAGAAGAUGUAAGGACUGUUGGUUGAUAUCCCUUGGAAUGGAAGGUGACCCAUGAGGAAUUGAACUGUGGAGAAAUACGAAGACCUGGAUUCUGAAUAUUUGUUAAGCAGAGCCUUCAGUACGAUCAGUUCUGCCACCCACUUGAUUUCCUCUGUGUUUAUUCCCUUUGUCUACAUCCACUUGAGUAACUUAACUCCUUCAAUAAAAUAAUUUAAGGCA